GGGUCUCCCUGCUUGCAACCGUCGUACAACAGAAACGGCGAGUCUUUGAGGUGGGAGAGAGCGAGAGAGAAAGAGAUGAGCAGGUCAUUGCCCUUUUCCAGGCUCUUCAGGCAGCUGGAGCAAGAGAUGGAAACUGUGGUAAAGGUACUGCAGCCUGGACCUUUAGGAAUCAUAGAGCACAAGUUCUCUGCUGAGGAGAUACGCAAGGCAAAUGCUACAGUUCAGAGGGCUGUGGAAACUUGGCGGCAGAAUGCAAUCCUAGAGCAGAGGAAUCCACUCUUGAAAGAUUAUAUUCAUAAGUGAAGGAUCUGCUCAAAGCUAACAUUCAUGGGUAAUGGAGCAAUCGAACUUUGUUGAAUACAUAAAUUCUCUUGCUCUAUGCGGGAAGUGAGAACCUGUUACAAAUGUGCAGUUCAUGUAUUCCUUUCACAGUUUUGUUUUUUAUGUUGUGAUAUGAAGAAGGAAGUGCUUAAUUUCUUUUGGUCUCAAUAAUUAUGACUCAUUUGGCAAGUAUACAUAUCUCCUAUCUUUCACUGAAGAUGAUAAACUGUGGAGACAUUGAUAAGGAAAUAAACUGCUUCCUUAUGAAAACAGCAUUGGAGGUGCUGAACCAGUGCCCUUUCAAUAGCCUGCACAUUUAGAAGUUCAUCCAGCUCGUACACUGUAGGAUUUGCCCCAUAACUCGAUAUCAGUGACUUGAUGGUGUGGCUCAUGUAGCUAGAGCUCUUGCUGAAGACUUAUCGUAUCCAUGAAUGCCUGGAACGAUGCGGAUUAAAAGCGACGUGAAUUGUUUGUGAAGUGAAAUGAGUGGAGAUUGCUUGCUUGCUAAUAGCUAUGUGGCUGCUGUGAGGAGCGCUCGUGCUGGUCCCUUUAUGUUGUGCAUGUGUUGUAUUGUAACGAAUAAAAUAUUACAUCACCAGAAAAAGUCAUCGAUCGGAUUCUCA